AUGCUACAUUGGUGGCUAUCUUUGACGCUAUGGAUUGCCUUGGCAUGUGGUUUGGAGCACCACUACCAGGACUCUUCUCAGUUUAAACUGUGGCUUCAACAACUCGAAACUACUGAUACCGUGGAAGUGGUCCACUCGACUUUACCGCCGACAUCAACCAACGCGACGUUCCUUGUGUUAUGCCAAAAUCUGGACGUGUACGACAUGUUAGAGACGAUCCACAAUUUCCAGGAACGGUUCCCUUAUGCCUAUGAUUGGACGUUUCUUAAUGACGAGCCGUUUACUAAAGAUUUCAUCUAUUUAGUGGGACUGAGGUUUAGCGCUGGGCGCAUCAGUUUUGGCACCAUUCCUAAGGAACACUGGGGGUGGCCCGAACACAUCGACGUUGAUUUAGCCCAUUUAUCGUUCGAACAAUUGCUGGGUUUCCCCUACGGACUGCUGGAACUGUACCGUCACAUGUGUCGGUGGUUCCUGGGCUUCUUCUACCACCACCCUUUAUUGAGUCGCUACCAAUACUACUGGCGAGUGGAGCCUGACGUCAGGCUCACGUGUGAUAUCCCGCGUGACUUGUUUAAGUAUAUGGCAGACCACGACGUGUGGUACGGCUACGCCCUCACCAUUUUUGAGUACCGCGAGACGAUCCGCCUGCUCUGGUCCACAUUUAAGGAGUUUUUGGCAACGGAGCCCGCUGUAGAAAAUAACCUUCCUUUGCUUCCCAUGGUUCAAAACGACGACGAGUACCAGAGUUACAACUUGUGCCAUUUCUGGAACAAUUUUGAGAUCGCCAAUUUGGACUUGUUCCGCAAUGACAAGUACCAGCGGCUAUUUGAUCACCUCGACCAACUGGGAGGCUUCUACUAUGAGCGCUGGGGCGACGCCCCCAUCCAUACGCUCGCCGUGGUCCUCGCCCUUAACCAGAGCCAGGUGCACUGGUUCGAUGAGAUUGGCUACUCGCACCGGCCUUACCAUCAGUGCCCCCAAAAUGACCACAAAUGGAUACAAAACCGAUGCGUAUGUGAUCCUGACGAUGACUUCUCGUUUGGGCUGUACAGCUGUACCCCUCAUUUCCUUAAAGUUACUGGUCAAAAAGUUGACUUUGGUGAAUGA